GGCACUUAUGGCACACUGGUUUAACUUUCCGUUAUGACACUUCGUGGGGUAAUCCAUCGGUUACCUGUGUCCAAGGCGAUCACUGGUACCAUCCCAACACAAUGUCAUUCUAAACAGCUUUCAACGGGAACAGACGCUCUCAAUCCUGUCAGAGUAACCGUAGAAAAUGGACUGCCGCAAUUUAGCAUCCCCCUUCCUUCACGACGUGACACAUGCAUGUUCAUCGUAAAGCCGCUUCAACACACGGUCGGAGAUUUAACCAACUUCAUCAUGUCCGAGGAUCGUGGGGUCGACUACGUUGCAUUUAUCAGUAAGAGUGGUACCAGGAUAGCGAAGUCGAACACCAUAGCUGACCUAUUAACCUCGAACUUUCAACUGGUCAUAAACAAGGAUGUUUUUCACGUUGACACUACUCCACUAGGAACAGAAUCCGGCGCAUCAUCCUGUGAUCUCUCGAAUGCUCGGCUGAUGGUUUCACGUCUAGCGAACGCCUUACAUUCAGACGAAUUUCACAAACAGCAGGAACUAGAGUUGGAGCGGCGCAUCGAAGACGUUUCGUAUCAACUACAACCAUUUGAAGAACUGAAAACUAUGAUCUCCAAAGAGGCGGCUAAACGAACACGUCGUCUAACCUGGCUCGGUCUUGGUGCGAUGGGACUACAGUUCGGCUUACUAGCGCGCCUCACCUGGUGGGAGUACUCAUGGGAUAUCAUGGAACCUGUCACCUACUUCGUCGGCUACGGUACUAGCAUGGCCAUGUAUGCAUACUACGUUCUUACCAGACAGGACUACAGCUUUCCACAAGUCUUUGAUCGCGAAUAUUUGAAACGGUUCUACAAAUGCGCUGACAAGCAUGCCUUUGACGUGAAUCGCUACAAUGAGUUGCGGGAACAACUAGCUGAUCUGAAAUCCGAGCUUCGCCGAUUACGGGACCCUCUGCUUUGUAAUCUUCCUCUGCAACAGACAGCCUACCUGGUGGCUGAACAAGCAAUCGAAGCUGUGAAUCGGGGUCCGGCACAACAUUCAGUUCCGCGCAAGCCGACUACCGGUAUCAAUGAAAAGCCAUGAGGCCCGACAACAAAUUUUCCACGAUACACGUCACUUGACUUUGAAGAUCGACCGACGAUGGCACUGGUACUGAACAAAUUUCAAUUAACGAUCACGUGAGCCAGAACCUGUCCGUUCUUCCAUGGUCAUCGAUUUUUCAGUUUUGAAAUGUGAAAUUGUACAUAGUGCCUCUCAAGUGUGACUUUAUUCUUUAGUUUGAAUUUUUACCCCCGUCGGGUCUAUUUCAAUGAAAUUUUUAACCAAUGCCAGUAGGUGACAUCCGUGUGUAACAUCCAGAUUCCUCUCUUUUUUAUUCAACUAUUGCUGAGUUGCUUUCCUAUGGAAGAUUAAACUUCCUACCAGACUCCACAAUGCCUGCCUGUAUGCUCUCUCACUCCCUCUGCCUUUCCUCACCACUUUUGCUUCAAACGUCUUCAUUUACUUCAUUUGUUUUACAGUAUAUUUGCUAUUCGAUUAUAUUUUUACUGCAAGUGGUCAACUUUAGUUCUCUUUUGACAUAUUUGGAGAAAUUUUUUCUACAUAUGUUUCCCUAAUUUACUUAAUGGGUUCCGCUUGUUUGGCUUUGUACAGCCGUUUUCAUCAACAGGGUUUAGGCAUUUUUAGGCUUUUAAAGAGAACAGUGAACUUCCUCUAGGUAUUAGCCUUUACAAGCAGCCGAUCACCUAAACAUUCCAGCAGUGAUCGUUGUUGCGCG